UUGGCCAGCAGAGGCGCUGCUGUGGGGCCACAAGAAACCCGAAGGGAGAGCAAGCCCACAGUUGCCCGAGAUGUGGAACCCGCUGCAGGACAGCGACUCUGUGGUGGAUCCGGGACGCCGCCAGCGCUGGCUCUGCGCCGGGACACUGGUGCUGGCUUUCUCCGGAAUCUUCAUCAUUGGCUUUGUCUUUGGAUGGUUUAUAAAAGCUUCCAGUGAAUCUACUGGUAUUGUUCCCAAUGCUGGCAUGAAGAAGUUAUUUUUACAAGAAUUGAAGGCUGAGAACAUCAAAAACUUUUUAUAUAAUUUUACACGCACACCACAUUUGGCUGGAACAGAACACAAUUUUGAGCUUGCAAAGCAAAUUUAUGCCCAGUGGAAAGAAUUUGGCCUGGAUUCGGUUGAGCUGUCCCAUUACGAUGUGCUGCUGUCUUAUCCAAAUGAGACUCGUCCUAACUACAUCUCAAUAAUUGAUGGAGACAGAAAUGAGAUUUUCAACACAUCACUGUCUGAACAGUCACCUCCAGGGUAUGAGAACAUCUCGGAUGUUGUGUCUCCUUUCAGUGCUUUCUCUCCACAAGGGACACCAGAGGGGGAUCUAGUGUAUGUUAACUAUGCACGUACUGAAGACUUCUUUAAGCUGGAACGGGACAUGAAGAUUAAUUGUUCUGGGAAGAUUGUGAUCGCCAGAUACGGGAAAGUGUUCAGAGGAAAUAAGGUUAAAAAUGCUCAGCUGGCAGGCGCAAAAGGAGUCAUUCUCUACUCAGACCCUGCUGACUACGUUGUUCCAGGGGUGAAGUCCUAUCCAGACGGCUGGAACCUCCCUGGAGGUGGUGUCCAGCGUGGGAAUGUCUUAAAUCUUAACGGUGCAGGUGACCCCCUCACACCGGGUUACCCAGCCAAUGAAUAUGCUUAUAGGUAUGAUUUGACAGAGGCUGUUGGACUUCCAAGUAUUCCUGUCCAUCCAAUUGGAUACGAUGAUGCACAGAAACUCUUAGAACACAUGGGUGGCCCAGCACCCCCUGAUAGCAGUUGGAAGGGAGGCCUCAAAGUGCUUUAUAAUGUGGGACCUGGCUUUGCUGGAAACUUUUCAACACAAAAAGUCAAGCUCCACAUACACUCCUACAGUAAAGUGACAAGAAUCUAUAAUGUCAUUGGCACCCUCAAAGGAGCUAUUGAACCAGACAGAUAUGUCAUUCUUGGAGGUCACCGAGAUGCCUGGGUCUUUGGUGGCAUUGACCCUCAGAGUGGAGCAGCUGUUGUUCAUGAAAUUGUGAGGAGCUUUGGAGCACUGAAGAAGAAGGAAGGAUGGAGGCCUAGAAGAACAAUUCUGUUUGCAAGCUGGGAUGCGGAAGAAUUUGGCCUUCUUGGUUCUACUGAGUGGGCAGAGGAACAUUCCAGACUCCUCCAAGAACGUGGUGUGGCUUACAUAAACGCCGACUCUUCCAUAGAAGGAAACUACACCCUAAGAGUCGAUUGCACACCACUGCUGCACAGCUUAGUCUACAACUUAACAAAAGGGCUCCAAAGCCCGGAUGAAGGCUUUGAAGGCAAAUCUCUUUAUGACAGCUGGAAAGAAAAGAAUCCUUCACCAGAAUCCAAUGAAGUGCCCAGGAUUAGCAAGCUGGGGUCUGGCAAUGAUUUUGAAGUGUUUUUCCAAAGACUUGGAAUUGCUUCAGGCAGAGCACGGUACACUAAAAAUUGGAAAACAGACAAAGUCAGAAGCUAUCCACUCUACCACAGUGUCUAUGAAACAUACGAGUUAGUGGAAAAAUUUUAUGAUCCAGCCUUUAAAUAUCACCUCGCUGUGGCCCAGGUUCGAGGAGGGAUGGUGUUUGAACUGGCCAAUUCUCUAGUGCUUCCUUUUGACUGUCAAGAUUAUGCAAUAGCUCUGAAAAAGUAUGCUGAAAAUAUCUACAACAUUUCAAUGAACCACCCGCAAGAGAUGAAGGAAUACUCGGUAUCAUUUGAUUCCCUGUUUUCUGCAGUAAAUAAUUUUACAGAGAUUGCAUCUGAGUUCAACAAAAAACUUCAAGGCUUGGAUAAAAGCAACCCCAUGUCACUGAGAAUUAUGAAUGACCAGCUGAUGUAUCUGGAACGUGCAUUCAUUGAUCCUUUAGGGUUACCAGGCAGGCCUUUCUACAGGCAUAUCAUCUACGCUCCAAGCAGCCACAACAAGUAUGCAGGAGAGUCAUUCCCAGGCAUUUAUGAUGCUCUUUUUGAUAUCGAGAGCAAAGAGGACCCUUCUAAGGCCUGGAGAGAAGUGAAGAGACAGAUUUCUAUUGCAGCCUUCACAGUGCAAGCUGCAGCAGAGACUUUGAGAGAAGUAGCCUAAGGGUACUUCAAAGAGUCCAUAUUUAGUAGGUAUGAUAUUAUUGGGAGAACCUAUAUAGAAAAAUAAAUAUAUGAGAUUUUA